UUUCAGCUAAUAAUAAUUAUUUAAUUAUUAUAUAAAACAAGAACAGGAAUAAAAUGAUCUGAACGGACUCAACACACUUGCUGGAAAUUUAUUAACACGUUCAUGAGUUAUCAUCAUCAUCAUCAUCAUCAUCAUCAUCAUCAUCAUCUUCAUCAUCAUCAUCAUCAUCAUCAUCAUCAUCAUCUUCAUCAUCAUCAUCAUCAUCAUCAUCAUCAUCAUUAUCAUUAUCACCACCAUCAUCAUCAUCAUCAUCAUCACGAUUAUCACCAUCAUCUUCAUCAUCAUCAUCAUCAUUAUCACCAUCACCUUCAUCAUCAUCACGAUUAUCACCAUCAUCAUCAUCAUCAUCAUCAUCAUCACGAUUAUCAUCAUCAUCAUCAUCAUCAUAUAUAAUGCAUAAAUACGGUAAAAUCUUUGUCUUCAUGUAAACAUCUUAAUAAAGUUCAGAAACAGACUGUGUGUGUGUGGGGGGGGGUGUACUCGUUGUUUUGUUAAACCUUUAGAAACAUGUAAAGUUGAUUAUUGUGAAAAAUCAGAACAAACUGUUAAAUUUGAAGGUUUGAAGAAGAAAAUAAAGAUAUCAUUGAAUAUCGUCACUCUUAGUCUCUGUUUUUGUUCUUAAAGGAAACUGUUUUAAAGUUUUUUAUUAAUUUUCUGUUUUAUUUUGUCCAACCAGAAGAGGAAGUGACGUAGUCCUCGUCGGGUGUUCCUAUUGGCUGGUUCAGCUGCUCUCUGUCCGGUUAUGAAGGCGUCUCCUCUCCUCUGUGUUUACAGAGUUUAUCUAUUUUAGCUCCUAAUUAACACUAACUAUCAUUAACUUACACUAACUAACCGUAAACCUCCGCAGACAGCUGUGAGUUAAACCGACAUCUUUACUUUAAUUUAUCUGUUUUAGUGUCGGCUAACAGGCUAACGUUAGCUCUGAUCAUAAAAACACUGUAGCUAACGUUAGCUCUGAGCUGUUAGCAUGUCCGUCAGCUUCUUCACGUUAAUGAAGAUUAAAGUUCAAACUUUCGUUUAUUUUGGAGCUUUUUAACCCGCUAAUGAAGCUAACAUUAGCCCUCUUUAAGGAUUUAACUGAUCUCAUUAGCACCAACGAAGAAGAGCAGGAGGACCACAUCUAAGCCUCUGUAUCCUCAGUACACACACACACACACACACACACAGUCCAGGUGAGCUCGUACCUGCAGGUCCAGAUGGGGAACAGCGCUCUGAAGUCUCACCUGGAAACGUCACAAAAGACCGGAGUGUUCCAGCUGACGGACAAGGGACUACAGGAGGUAACAGACACUAAUACACAAUACACAACUAUACACACAACUACACACUAUAUACACACACAACUACACACUUUAUACACACAACUACACACUUUAUACACACACACACACAGAGAUCAUCGGUAACUAAAUUUGAUCCAAAUUCGUCAAAAACUUUGUUAAAUUAUAAUUUACUGAUUUAAAUCUGAUGAAGCAACAACCAAUCAGGUUCGUCCACAGACUGUAUUGAUACUCUGGCUCCGCCUCCCGCCAGUUUACGGAUUUGAAGCUGAAAAUUUGUCGGUAUUUCCGCGAUUUUUCUUCAUUUCCUGAAACCAGCGCUGUGCUGUAACGAUGUUCGCAGUCGCCGAGAGUCUCUGUGAUGACGCUCUGAUCAAACAGCGUAUCCCCCGGUGAUCUACUCAAUCUCUGUCCUCCCAUUGGCUGUAUCAGGUGUCAAUCAAAGAAAACAUGAACCCCCUAAUAACUUUUAAAAAUGGAGCUGUACAGAAAAAAGAGGACUUGAGCACAAACCAGUCUGACAGUAACUACAUGUCAACAUCACAACCAGGGGGGAGAAACAUUUAUAUUCUGGGUCAUUCAUUUAGAAAGUUUGUCCACAGCUCCAUAAGGAGGCGGGGUUUAGGACCUAUACUGCAGCCUGUCACCAGAGGGCGCUGUUCUCAGAGAGAGGAGGAGGCAGACGGCGUCUGUUCUAGAUACAUUCUACGGGUUAGUCACAUGACCGGGUCCAAGACAGAGAGGCGGAGUCUGUCAGCGGUUCAGGACUCUGUGUGAGCGAACAGAAGACCAGAUCAUCUCAGAACUAAAGAGACCAGAACCAGAACCAGGACUGGAUGGUCCUGAUCCUCAUUAAAAGCAGACUGGACUCUGGACCCAGAAUCACCUUUAGAACUCAGUUCUUCACUGCGGCCCGUUAACCCUGUUGUUUGUGUUCUGGUUCUGGUCCAGUUCCCAGAGGAGCUGCAGAGACUCACGGCGAACCUGAGGACCGUGGAUCUGUCCGGGAACAAGAUCGAGGUUUUACCGCCCGCCAUCGGGAACUUCCUGCAGCUGAAGAGUCUGACGCUGAACGCCAACAGACUGAGUGAGUGUUUGAAACAGAGACGGCCAAUCAGAGACGAGCUUUCACUCAGCAGGAAACAGAGACGGCCAAUCAGACGCUGCGAGGAAACAGGAUCUUAUUUUCCUGUCGUCAGAAAUCAAUAAUCAAUAAUCAAUAAUCAAUAACUGAGAAAAUCAAUAAAUAUUUCUUCAAUAUUGAACAGAAAAACUUUAAAUCGAUCCUGAGUUUAAAAAGUGAUCAGGAUGAUUGAUUGAUUGAUUGAUUGAUUGAUUGAUUGAUUGAUUGAUUGAUUCUGAGUUAAACUGACUGUUCUUGAUGGUGGGGGGGUACUCAGGUCUUAACUUUAGACCCUGAUCCAGGUUUAGUGGUCUGACCCUGAUCCUGGUUUUUGUCUUGUCCCCCCAGCGGGUCUUCCUGCUGAGAUCUCCAAACUGAAGAAACUGGAGACUCUGAGUCUGAACGGGAACCGGAUUUCUCAGAUCCCGGACUCCCUGGGCCAGCUCAAAGCUCUGCGGACCCUGAACCUUUCUGGGAACCACAUCACGGAGUUCCCGUCUGGACUGGGAACCCUGAGGCAGCUGGACCUGCUGGACCUGUCCCGCAACAAGAUCCAGAAUGUCCCCUCAGAGGUCUCGGCCCUGCAGGCCAUCGAGAUCAACCUGAACCAGAACCAGGUACCUCAGGUCCAAAUCCUCUAUGAGACGGACCGGGUCUAGACCGGGGGUGGGGUGUUGGUGGUCCAGAAUGAAGACCAGAACUUUUAAAAAAGAACUAUUCUCUCUUCCUCAGAUCUCGGUCCUGUCCCCGGAGGUCUCUCGGUGUCCCCGUCUGAAGGUCCUCCGUCUGGAGGAGAACUGUCUGGAGUUGGGUUCUGUCCCAGAGUCCGUCCUGAAGGACUCUCAGGUGUCCCUGUUCACGGUGGAAGGGAACCUGUUUGAGGUCAAGAAGCUUCAGGACCUGGACGGGUACAACAAGGUGAGACCUUCAAGAACCAGACCGGGACGGAAGGGGGCCCCCUGCUGGUCAAAACACAUAUGGUGGGCCGUGAUUGUCUUUGAUGGUCUCUGGCGGUCUCUGACGGUCUGUGGCGGUCUUUGAUUGUCUCUGACGGUCUCUGGCGGUCUCUGAUGGUCUCUGGCGGUCUCUGGCGGUCUUUGAUUGUCUCUGAUUGUCUCUGAUGGUCUCUGAUGGUCUCUGACGGUCUCUGGCGGUCUCUGAUGGUCUCUGACGGUCUCUGGCGGUCUUUCAUUGUCUCUGAUGGUCUCUGGCGGUCUUUCAUUGUCUCUGAUGGUCUCUGGCGGUCUUUCAUUGUCUCUGAUGGUCUCUGGCGGUCUUUCAUUGUCUCUGAUGGUCUCUGGCGGUCUCUCAUCGUGUCUUUUUGUCCUCCUCAGUACAUGGAACGUUUCACGGCCACCAAGAAGAAGUUUGCCUGAAGACACAAAGUCAUGAGUUGACUGUCCUAGCUCCACCCAGAGGCGGAGCAAGAGGAGACUCCGCCCACCACAGCUGCUGCUUAAAUUAAAGACCACACUCAGCCAGGACCCCGCCCCCAGAACGCCCACCCAGGACUCCUGACCCGGUUUGAGCCCAGACCCUGAAUCUGUUCCCAGAGAGACAGAGAGAGAGAGAGAGAGACAGAGACAGACACAGACGUCUCAGGUGAAUCUAAUAGACAGAGUCUAAGAGGACACAGAGAGGACAGAAAAGGACAUUUGGGCUUUUGAGUUUUUUUGUUUCAAAGACGUAAAAAAAAAUUUUUUAAUUUCAGUUUGAAGUUUUUUUUUCAGAGAGAAUCUGAAGUUCAAACUCGGACGCCUUCGUUGUUCCAGAACGUUGGUCACAUGAUCAUUUCGACCCGAUCGACUCGUGUUUAAAACUCCUGAAAAGUUUAAUUUUCUUCACUGUUAAAACUGAGUGUUUUUCUUCUCUGCUAACAGAAACUGUUUGUUCUUCUAUGAAGGUAUUUAUUAAAAUUAAAGGAACAUUUCACACUAAA